AAUUCAUUUUAUUCGGUUCAUUUGUUCAAUAUAAUAGUGUAAUGACAAAUUUAUCUGACAAUAUAAAUUCAUUCAAAUACAAAUGGUAUCCAUAGUAGUAUAAUAUAUUCCAUAGGCAUUUUAUCUUUUACAUUUAAAACGAUUUAUGAAUCAUUACCGCUACGUACCUACACACACACACACACACACACAUACACACACCGGGUGAAUUAGACGGUUGCCACGGAUUCGGUGUGUGAUGACAAUCUGAAAACUGAAAAAAAAGUUGCAUUGUGUUUCUAUAAUCUUCUGAAUAAUCUGUGUUUAUCUGACACAUCUUUAUUUCGACAAACACACACACAGUUUAUCUGAUUUGAACAUUUUUGAUUUUUGUUUUUUUUUCUCAUUAUCGUGGCAACAGUCAAUUGAAUUGAUUGACAUUUUGUUAUUUUUUGUUUUGUUUUGUUUUUUUACACCUGAAUCAUUCACAUCGACAUAUAGUCAAAUCAAUGAUCCAUCAAUUGAAAAAAAAAAUUUUCCUGUUGGCUUGUGCUGUUUGUUGUGUGUAUAUGUGUGUGAUCACUGAUUCAAGCAACAUAAAUUUUUACUUUUGAAAAAAAAAUCAAAGACGUAUUUUGUAUUCGCUUAUUAGCGAGCCUCACCCUUUCUUGUCUUUUCGUUUAUUCAUUCAUUUCUUACUUGUCAUCAACAUUUAAAUUCAAUCCAAUUGACUAUUGUUUCGGAUCAAAAUAUAUAAUUUUUCAAAAUUUAUAACGCGAUGCCACCAUCGAUACAUUCUUUUGGUGCACGAUCAACCACAUCGAUCGCAACAAAUCGAUCACGUACAUUACAUGGUUCUCGUAAAAUUAAAUUACAUUGGUGGGAACGGCGGCCAAUAUUAGCCAAUGCAUUUUUCAUCGAUCUACAAAAGGGUAGCUAUUUGGCUGCCAUUUAUACAUUGUUGGAAAGCAUCCUGCAGAUAUGUCUGGCCAUAUUCGAUUUAUAUUGUUUGAUUGAAGCCGCACCCGGUUCAAAACAUUCUCGUAAUUUUGGUAUAAGUUUUCUAUUUGUCUACAGCGGUAAUCAACAUGUUCGACGAAGCUUAAUGGCCAUUGCAUUAUUGUUAGCUUUAAGUGCUGCAUAUUUAUUGGUCACAUCGGUAAUAUUGAUGACAGCGUUACGUAAAGAACAUGAGCUUAAAUUCCGUCACUGGCUUCGUGCAAUGACCAUAUUCAUCUGUUUCCGUUUCAUUACCAUUAUCUAUCAAUCAAUUGUGAAUGAUUUAUAUUUUGGCUAUCAUCAAGCCAUGUUAAUUAUAUGGUUCUUGCUCACAGCUAUCAAUGUAUUCACUUGGUUAGUGGUAUAUUCUAAUUAUCAAGAAUUAAGCGAUAUAACCCGGUUAGAAGAUAUGGCAAAAUUAAAAAUGUCCACACUGUCAUCGUUGAAUGCAUCACGUUCAUUCUCACAUCAUAGCCUUGAUUCAGCUAAUCCUUAUGGUCGUUAUGGUGGAACUGGUGUUGGAAGCGGUACCGGAUCAUUACAGCCAUCUCCACAAAUUUAUCAUCAUUCAAUGGUUACAAAUCAACCAUUAACCAUACACGAAAGCCAUCAAAAUAUAGCAACUGGUUCAAGACCAUCAGCCGUUCAUCAUCAACAAUCGACGGCACUGCCUACAACACCACGUUCACAUCAUUCAUCACAGAAUUCAUUACAUGCAACCUAUUUACAAAUGUAUUCAAAUACAUUAUCACAACGAAGUCGACAAUCAUCAGCCGCAUCUUUAUCUAUAAAUUCAAUGGCCAAUGCGUUUCCGAUGCAAUCAUAUACCAGUAGUAGUAACAAUCAACCACAAUCAUUAUCAUUUCAACAACAGCAUCAUAGUAGUAAUCAACAACCAACAAGCAACGUAUUAAAUACAAAUAAUAAUCAACAAAGCCGAUUGAAUAAUUCCAAUGUUAAUUAUGGAUCGGCAGCAUUCACUUCAUAUCCAAAUCGUCAUAACAAUACACCCAUGUGAACAAAUUUACAAUCGACAUGUUUAUUUAAUUGAUUCUUUUUUUCCACCAUCUAUCAAUCGUUACAUCAUAAUAUACUUAAAUUCAUUUAUUAUUA